AUGGGCUCAGGGAGGACGCUGAAGUUCGCCCUGUGCGAGGUGCUGCAGUUUGCGGGCCUGUGUGUGCCACUUUUUAUCGUCAUGCAGAGGUUCGCCGUCAUCGUAGCGAAGGUCAAAACCUCGUCACAGCCCCCCGGCGACGGGAGCACGGCCUACUGGUUGAUCGUGGCCACCUCCAUUGCCUAUGUGACCUCCACUGCCCUGCUGGUCUGGGUACCCCUGAAGUACAUGGUCUUCAUGAAGAAGAAAUUCCUCAUUGGGAGGAAAAAGUGGAGGCCUGUGGCCCUCGUAUAUGUGAUCCUGUCAACAUUACCCUGCUUUGCCUUCCUCAUCGCCAGCUCUGAGGUUCAGAUAAAUAACAACAUGAAAAAUGACACAUUCACGGAGCUCCCUGUAUCGCUAGUCCUCUUCUCUCUCAUCUGUAUUGACGUUGUGGAGAGGAUACGCCACUGCAGACUGACCGGCCAGGCUAAUGACAUGGAGAGAGAUGCUGACAUCCCCUCCACUGUCCUCACACAUGUGGAACAGGUAACACCAGUAACACCUGUCACUCCAGCUGUGCCGGGGCCAGCUGUGCCCAGGCAAGCUGUGCCAACUCCCACGCCACCGGGAGCGACCCAGCUCAAUGACAGGAACCAGAAUGGAGCAGGGGCUCAACCAGAGACCAACGGGACAGUCCCAGGGAUUCCAGGUAAUCCCGGGAGACCAUUUAGCAUCUCUGGAUUGAGCUCACGAUCAGCGAGCACCACAGCGUACCGCAUACCUCCGUAUGCCUACACGGGUCCACUGAGGUUCCUGUGUGCCAGCGACGCCCGAGCAGAUGUGUUUGUGGACAGCUUUAUGUUCUGGAUGGAUACAGUGGAGAUGGUGAGGGUGGCAGGACACCCCCUGGUUUACUACUCAGGCUGGGUGUUUCCCAUCUAUAUCUUCAGCUACCUGUCUUGCCUGCGUGUGGUGGUCAUGCCCCACAGCCCCCUGCUUUCCGCACUAGGAGUGGCCGUGCAGGACUUACCCUUCUUCUUUGUGCGUGUUGGCCUCAUUGCCUUUUUUGGGUUUGUCACACCCAUCCUCUAUAUGAUGAAGAACCUGUUGGUCUGCCUGGCCUUUGUCUACUUCAACUUCAUGACCAAGCUGAGGGUCUUCAACACGGAGAGGAUGUUCUUUUGA